UUCAAUGUUCUUGGACAUAGAGAUUAAUUUUGUGGUGUGGACUUUUCAUUGAAUGUUUUGAAGAUAUUUUACUAUUUCUACAAUAAAUAGGUAAAUCAUUCCAAAACAAAAUGGGAGAAGUUUCAAUGGAAACUGCCGCUUACGCCAAGAUAAUUUUACACGCAGCCAAGUAUCCCCAGUCCGCUGUCACCGGAUUGCUACUAGCUGAUGGAACAAACCUGAAGGAAGGGGCUAAAAACCAGGAUCUGGAUAUCGUGAACACUGUCCCAUUGUUUCACCAUAGCCAUUAUCUCUCUCCUAUGGGAGAAGUGGCAUUAACGCAGGUCGAAGCUACGGCUAUAGCCGAAAACCGCGUCAUUGCAGGUUAUUAUGCAGCAUGUGAAAACUAUAAGGACAAUACUGUAGAGAAGUGUCCGGGACAGAAAAUUGCUGAAAAAAUUGCGGAGCAUUUUCCAUCUGCUGUUUUUGUUGUGGUAGACAACAUGAAACUAUCAAAAUCAUUGAAGAGUCCAGCCCUCAAUCUGUAUAAGUAUGCAGACGGCAAAUGGAGGCCUCGAGAAUCCAAUAAAGUGAUUUUCCGAUCAACAGACGUCUUGGAAACCGUGUCGCAUCUACUCCAAAAACGUGUACAAACUGACUUGAUAGACUUUGACAACUAUCUGGAUGACGUCACACAAGACUGGACCAACCAUGGUAUUAAGAAACUGAUUGCGAGUAUUGAAGCCUUCAACAUGAUUGAUUGUAAGGAUGACUGAUGCUAAAUCAUUUUGUUAACCACUUCUACAUAUAUAGAAUAAUUAUGAAAUUUUGCAACAGCCAAUCAAAACAAAUUUAGCUUUAGAUCCAAUUUCUGAUUGGUCUAAGUAAGGAGCUGUCAAAUCAAAAUGGAAAACCAUAAACAUAAGAGUUACAUUGGGGUUUAUUCAUGACUUUUUGUAAGGCAUUCAGAACUUUAUAUUGAAACUGAAGAAAUAGAAAGAUAAGCCUUAUAAAAAUUCAUAAAUAGCCCUGUAGAGUUUUUAGGUAAGGUAUUUGUAGGUAAAAUAUUAAUUUUAUUGAGUUUCACCUGUCCCAGUGUGAACUGGGAAUGGAGACUUGCAGUGAUAAAUUUACCCAUUUUUCAUUGUUUAAAAAAAAGAACAUAAACAUUAUAUAAACAGAAAUAUUGUGUUCAAUUGUCUGUGUUGUUUUUGGUCUGGAACAAAGUGCGUGCAUUUGUCAUAGACCGCAAUGCUGGUCAUUGAGUUGAUUUAUUUUUGUAUAAUAAUUGCACAGGUGUACGUUACUUUAACACAGUUAUAAAAAUGGUAAAUAAUAAAAUCAUUUACCACUAGAUAUAGCACUUACUUACUUUUCGACUUUAAUACCGAGAUGUAAGGUUCAAAUUGUGGUGAUUACGACACUAUAGACUUAGUUUUUGGUAAGUUUGGUAACUUCCUUCAGUUAUGUAUUUCAAUGUAUGGAUAUUUGUAGGACAACAAAUUAUUUAUAUGCAUUAAGUGUAUUGUUACCUUUUGUAUAUUUUAAUUUUGUUUAUUAGUGAAAAUUAUCAUUAUUAAAUAAUUAGGGUGAUUGAAGACAUAUAGUGCGUGUGCGCUACGCAAAGGACAAAUAGCACAUAAUUAAUUAAGAUUUUAUAAUUCUACAAUAGAACUAAUGUAUUUAUACACAUUUAAUUCUCUAGACUUUUCAUGCACGUUUAUCAUUACUUCUCUCCGAGGUAAAUCAAAUAUUAUAAAGAGGUGCAUAAGACUAUGCCUUGGCAACAUUCAUAAAUAGAAGUAAGAGUGAAAGAGACGGCCUGAACUCCCUUUAAAAAAAAUCAUAAUGAUGAAGAGUGGACUUUAAAAUAAGAACACUUAUAAUAAUUCAACAUUUCAUUUAUGUUUAAAAUGCAUUUGCACUAUUGCAUUUGUCAAACAAAACAAUUUAUAUUAUUGUGUAAUGCAUCCUAUAUGUUAUUAAAGUAAUCUUCAAUUAA